UAUCCAUGUUAAUUUGUGUAAUUUUACUGAUCACAGGUUAUCGGUCUCAAACGAUUUGAAAUAUGAUGCUCAGCGUGAUUUGAAGGACAUUGGGGCCAGUAAUAUAAGUGUUCAUUCUUUAAACAAGUUCAAAUAUGCCAAAAUUAAUUCCCAUGUAAACCACAGUGUGAAGAAAGGUGUGAUAUUUGCCACCUACUCCUCAUUGAUAGGUGAAAGCCAGGCAGGUGGUAAAUACAGAACACGGUUAAAACAGUUAGUCCAUUGGUGUGGUAAAGACUUUGAUGGUCCUAUUAUUUUUGAUGAAUGUCAUAAGGCCAAGAAUCUGAUUCCUGUUGGAUCAUCAAGGCCUACCAAGACAGGUCUUACAGUACUAGAUAUUCAACAGCAGCUUCCCAAAGCAAGGAUUGUCUACUGUAGUGCAACAGGUGCAUCUGAACCAAAGAAUAUGGCUUACAUGACAAGGUUAGGCUUAUGGGGGAAAUCUACCCCCUUCCCUGAAUUCCCUUCAUUUAUUCAAGCAGUUGAAAGAAG